UGACUGGGAAGCCCCUAGCGCGGAGCUGCCAACGCCCGGUGUCGAGACUCAAUAGAGAAUACGAUCUUGAAUGAGUAGUGAAGCCUGUCUCACACAGCUAUGCAGACCAUCAAGUGUGUCGUGGUUGGCGACGGAGCCGUGGGAAAAACCUGCCUGCUCAUCUCAUACACCACAAACAAGUUCCCCUCCGAAUACGUCCCAACGGUGUUCGAUAACUAUGCUGUAACUGUAAUGAUCGGGGGGGAGCCCUACACCCUGGGCUUGUUCGAUACAGCAGGUCAGGAAGACUAUGACCGGUUACGUCCUCUGAGUUACCCCCAGACAGACGUCUUCCUCGUCUGUUUCUCCGUCGUGUCCCCGUCCUCCUUCGAAAAUGUCAAAGAAAAGGUGAGUCUCAUCGGGACCCAGAUCGACCUGCGGGACGACCCUUCCACCAUAGAGAAGCUGGCCAAGAACAAGCAGAAGCCCAUCACCCCGGAGACGGCCGAGAAGCUGGCCAGGGACCUGAAGGCUGUGAAGUACGUGGAGUGCUCCGCCCUCACACAGGUGAGACCCCGCCGGCUGAAUUCCUGA